AGAUACUGUGAAUAAAGACACUGAACACAGAGAUCCAUAUCCCAUUCCAAGAAAGAUUAUGGCUGAACCAGACUACAUAGACGAUGACAAUCCUGAAUUAAUUAGACCUCAGAAAUUAAUUAAUCCUGUGAAGUCAUCCCGGAAUCAUCAAGAUCUCCAUAGAGAACUGCUAAUGAAUCAGAAAAGGGGUCUUGGACCUCAGAACAAACCAGAGCUACAGAAGGUGAUGGAGAAAAGGAAACGAGAUCAAGUUAUUAAACAACAAAAAGAGGAGGAAGCACAGAAAAAGAAAUCAGACCUGGAAAUAGAGCUACUGAAACGGCAGCAGAAGCUGGAGCAGCUGGAACUGGAGCAACAGAAGAUGCAGGAAGAGCAGGAAAAUACGCCUGAAUUUGUCAAAGUCAAGGGCAACUUGAGGAGGACGGUCCAGGAAGCAACAGAAGCACCGGACUCCUAGAGCCAGCACCUGCUAAGACUUCCAGCUUUCCUGCAGAGAGAGGCUUUUGCAAGUUGUCUCAGAUUUGUCCCUCCAGAGGGAAGAUAACAGCAUCCAGCUGACACUUACUGAAGAUGAGAUUUUUAAUUCCUGGGGCGUGUGGAUGAAAAAGACAGUACUGUAAACAGAUCGACUUGCCAAAUGCAGUCCUGAGAUCAAUGGAUAAGGAGUCUGUUUGUCAGUUCAGUGUCACGGACCAGUCUGAUGUGCUUACUCAGAGAUUUUAACCAGGGAUACUAGAGAAGCUCCUUCAGUGUUGCACUGCUUUAUCUCUUGUGAUCCUAGUUUAGGGGAGAUACACAGAGUAUAUUUUGCUUUAAAACAGAACAAAAACCUUCCUGUAAUAUAUUAUGAAGCUUUGCUGUGCAGGUAGAUUUCCUCUAUCUAGACCUACAGCCUGUGUAUAUCCCACAGUAAUUUGUGUUUAGUUGGAAUUUUUAUCAAAUCUGGGAGGAUGCGAGGCAUGUUGAUCGCUGCUGCCCAUCCCCACUAAGACAGGCAGGUGGGCAAGAUGAGAAUGCCUAAAAUUCACCAGCAGUGAAAAGUGAAGCAGCCUUAAAGCCCAUUUCUCCCUGUUUG